GGUAUCAUGGCCGAUCCAGAAUUGGCAUCAAAACUGGCACGGCGUUUGGAAAAUAUCGACAGCCUAGAUGAAGAAGAUUUUCGGCCUCAUAAGGAACCUCCACCAGCUCCAGUUCUGCCAGAAAAGAUUGUUCCGAAUCCAUAUGUUGCUGCUGACGAUUCGGUGUCAAUUGAUGACCUCAUCGCUCGAACACUAAAACGGAACGAACACGCCAACGAACAUAGUGAAGAGAACAACAAUCACGUUCCCGUCACGAAUCCCGACGAUGUCAAUUCGACGCGUACAACACAAUCCGACGCAGUUCAAUCUACACAUCCAAUCAAGCCGAUAGCUGUGGACACAUCCUUUGAACCGCAUCGGGUUGGUAGCCCUGGAAGUAGAAACAGCCCCGCUCACAGUCUCCCAAAGACUCCACCACCAAAGACAACCAUUGGAGAGUUACUAGUCAAGGAUCAACAGCCUCUGCCAGCUCCACCAGCUAGUCGCUGUCCAGUGAUUCCGAUCCAGCAUCAUGUUCAUAAGACGGAGCCGAGACGGUUACCGAGUCCUGAGGAUGAAGGAGAAGAGCUGGAGAGGAAGCUGGCUGCUCAGAGGUCGAAAAAGCACUAUGCACAGACGCCAAGUCCGAAUUCUGCUGUUGUUUUUUCAAAUUCGGAAAAUUCAGUUACAGCCGAGCCCAGUCAGAACCAUGUCGAACCGAAACAGACGGAUUCCAAGCCCUCGACCGAACCUGUGACCGAACAACCACAGCAGAAUAACCUCUUCACACCCAACAAUGUGGUCGAAACCCAAGCCGAAGUACAUGCUGACCAUACGGACCAAAAAUCCUUUACAAAAUCUCCCUCACCUCUAAAUUCACAAUCCCCCGCACAUCCAUCAGUAUCAUCUCCUCCGCCGCCAUCAUUUCCGCCUCCACAGCUUGUUAAGAACUUCUCCAGAGAAGGAUCUGUAGAAAAGCCUAGCAGUCUGAAAAGCGCAUUGGAUCCUGAUGACCUUCGGCAUUUGAUCCUCGAGGAGUUGAAGAAAAAUAAGACCAAUGUGGAAGAGAUGAUUGUGCUGAGAGGAAUGAAGCAGGGUAGCAGCGAGAAGUCAUUUUCACCAUCGAGGGAGCUUUUGGAGAUGAUUCAGCGAGAAAAUGGUGUUCGUAGUCCGCCUCCGGUACCUCCACCGAAGCCACUAAGUCGACCACAAUCUCCAGCUAUUACUAAAAAAUUCUCAUUGGAUUCAACAUCAUCUGGUGAUCAGAACAUGUUUAGCGAAAGGCAAAACAAGCCCAAUCCUCCACUUCAGUUUGCUCACAAGCAAUCAUCUUCUGUCGAUGGCGAGUUGUCGAUGAUAUUCGAUCGACGAAACAAAAUUAAUGAAGGCGAAACAAUGCCUGAGAUGAUACACAAAAAGCUCUCUCUAUACGCUGAGUUUUCGGAAUUCUCAAGGAAGCAAAUCAGAUUUUUCAAUGAAACCUUCAAAAAGUAUGAUGAAGAUGGUGAUGGAUUUAUUGAUUUCGACGAAUUGAAAAGAAUGAUGGAAAAGCUUGGUGAAGCUCAGACACACAUAGCUUUGAAGGAAAUCAUAAGGAAGGUUGAUGAGGACAAAGACAACAAAAUCUCGUUACGAGAAUUUUUCCUCAUCUUCCGCCUGGCUGCUCAAAAUCAACUCGGUUGCUCAGAGGUGUUCCAAACUCUAGCCGACAGUGUUGAUGUAACAAAAGAAGGUGUUCUUGGUGCUGCAAGCUUUUUCCAAGCAAAGGGUCAAGGCAAAGUUCGAAUUAUAGUUUUUAACUGCAAGGAUAAUGUGCUGGUCAAAAUUAUGUGCGAUGCUAUAAAAGAAGCCAAUUUUGAAUAG